AUGAACCGCCUGCAGCUGCUGCCUAAGGAUCAGUUAGUGCUGCAGCAGCAGCAGCAACCGUUGCAGCAGCAACAACUGUUGCAGCAGCAGCAACCGUUGCAGCUACAGCGACAGUUGCAGCAGCAGCAACUAUUGCAGCAGCAGCAGCGACCGUUGCUGCAGCAGCAGCCGUUGCAGCAACAGCAACAACUGCUGCAGCAGCAGCAACUGCUGCAGCCGGGACAACCAGUGCCGGUGCAAAGGGUAUUGCUGCCUCACGUAAAGCGCCCGCCCCAGCUUGCUGCGCAGCUGCUGCAGCAGCAGCAGCAGCAGCAGCAGCAGCAACAGCUGCAACAGCAGCUGUUGAGCCCCAUGCCAAGGAGGCGGCAGCUGCAGCUACCGCAGCAGCAGCCGGGGCACUUUCUGCAGGUAGUGCAGCAGCAGAGCCCGCUGCUGCAGCAAGGCGAAGAGCAGCAGCAAUCACGUGGGCCCCAACAGGAGUUGCAGCAGCAGCCGCAGCAGCAGCAGCAGCAGCAGCUCGCACGCACACGUUUCGCAGCAGAUUGA